CUUUUAUUGGUACUUUAGCGUUUAAUUGAGUAAGAUAGGAAGUUGAAUCUACUAGUGUUAAGUGAAAUAAAAAAUAAGGAGUUGAGAGUGAAAGAAAAGGUUUUAUAAUGUCAUUUUCCGCAGAUAUAUAUAAUAAAAAGCUAGCUUCAUUACAAGAAACACAGGAUUCGAUUGUGACUAUAUCACAGUGGGUUUUAUUCCAUCAUAGGCAUUGCAAGGAGUCUGCUGAGUUAUGGUCCAAGUUUAUCUUGAAGCCUCAACACAAUUCUGCCAAAAGACUUUCCCUAUUGUAUCUUUGUAAUGACGUUGUUCAACAAGCAAGACAUAAAAGAAAGUAUGAAUUUAUUCAAGAAUUUUCCAAAGUUUUACCUGAAGUAUUCAACAAGGUUUUCCGGUCUCUUGAUGCAAACAUUCAACCGAAAGUAGAACGUUUAAUUGGUGUUUGGGAGCAGCGUAAAGUGUUUUCUGGGGCAGAUAUUAUCAAUUUCCGGAAAUCAAUUGAGUUAUCUAAGCAAAAUAAAGUUGUAACUGAUAAUGCAUCGGACGACCAAUCGGCUAGCAGACCAACUGCUUCUAACGAUUCAGUUGUCCCUGAUUUGAAACAUUUAAAUAAUACUUAUCUACACUUAAACCAACUUGUCGAUGUUAGUCAAGCCAAUCUUAAUCAGGUUGGGGUUCAAUCCAAGACAUAUUUGCCGAAUAAUCCUGGAUUAUCAGAUAAUCUACCAUCCCCCAAGAUCUAUAUAUCCAAAUUGAAUACUUUAGAGAAGUUAUGUAAUAUGUCAAAACAAAAUAUUGAUGAGAUAAAACGUGAUAGAAAAGAAAUAAUCAAAAUAUUGGAUGGACUUAAAAAUGUUUUGAGUGAUGCUUUAACAACUGAUGAUUCCAAGAUUAGUAUAAUUGACAAUAAAUUAGAGAAGUUGUAUACUACUAGAACAGAAUUAAAAGAAAUUUUGGACGAAGAUGAGAAAGACACGGUUCCAGAUACUAAAAAGGACGAAGACGAUGAAGAACCCUCUCCAGAGUUUGAAAUGGAAGAUCUUGAAUUACCUGGUAACUUUGGGAAUAAUGCAAAUGAUGAAGAUGAUGACAUGAUACCGACUUAUGAAGAUGAUGAGGAAGAAGACGAUGAUGAUAAAAGAACCGUUAAAAGACAAAAAACUUCAUCAAACUCUACCCCUAACCAAACGCCAACUCCAGGGUCAACUUCAGGAAACUCUACUCCAUCUAGUAAGAAAUCAGUUGCUUUUUCGGAAAAUAUUCAGAUUAAGGAAUUCGAUAGGGAAGAACAAACAGACAUUAUAAAAGUUAUUAAAAGUGACGACGAUAGUGAUGAUAAUGACAAAAAUAACGAAGAAGGGGAUCUCGAAAGUAAUAUAUCUGACGAAUUCGGCAAACAUCAUAAAGAUGAUUUAGAGUUGAAGCAUGAAAAGGAACAAGACGUACCAGUGAAUGGGUCUGGUGAGGUAGAUGAUGAUGACGACGAAUAUGACCCCCUUGGUGGAUUAGGCGAUGAUGAUAAUAGUAAUGAUGAUGAUGGUGAUCAGAAAAACUCCGCUGUUCUAGAUAUUUUGUCUAAGCUUAAAUAAGGUACGUAAAAGUUAAUAUAUGUAAUUAAUAGCUAGAUGAAUAGAAGAAAUCUAC